UCAGUCUAAUCAAAUCCAUCCAACUGAACGAAUCAUAAUACAGAGGACCGAGACAUCGAGAUAUUAUUCUAAGAAUCAUAUUUUCGUGUGUUAUAUACUCGAGCGCAUCAUUAAUAUACACUUUUUUUUAUUCACUCGGUUCCAACAUAGAUUGGCACGUGUUGUAUACUCUAAAAAAAACAAACAUCAUAAACACAAUAGCAACACAACCUUUCGAAGGGUUCAGUCAAGACUCUCAGUCGGUUUUUGUAUAUUUAAUUUUUCCACUUAAUUUGAAUUUGAAUUUGCAUAAACGUUUGCUGUAUGCCCAUUUUGUAAUUCCACGGUACAUCACGGUAUAUAUACCUACCCUAACAUAUUUCAUAUAUACUCAUAUAUAUACGUACACAGUAUACGUCUAGUACUACUUUACCCAACAGCAAAAAAAAAAUUCGAUAUUUGCUUUUUGUGCUGCUCCCGCCUUGGCCUAAUUCGUAGACAUGCAUUACCCCAAUUUAUUCAUAUGAGAAAAUAAUCGGCCAGUGAUUUUGAAUCGUAUCGGUGUGUGCUUGUGAAAAGCUUUGAUUUAAGUUAAAAAUUACCAGAGCCAGAGAGAAAACAGUUCAAGUGCGGUGGUGAAUAUUUGUCAUGUGAAAGUGUGAUGUGAUUUUUGCCGAAGGAAAAUGAAAAUUGGUGGAGAUUUUGUAGAUUUAAGUAAAACAUUGACGUACACAAUGAGAUUUUGGAUAUUGUUGGGAUUAUUACUAGCUUGCUGUAAUGGAUUUAAUGGCGAAGAAAAUGAGCCUCCACUAAAUCCAAUCGCCGAAGUUCUUUCUCAAUGCUGCGUUUCCGGCGAGGAUCUAGCACUCAAAGGUGAUGCAUGCGCAAACAUAAAGCCACCGUUAGAUAUUGUGCCCGAGGAUCUGAUAAGCUCCUGCUUUUUCUCGUCGGAAAUUUGCUGUGCAUCCAAAGUACGCAUCGAACAAUGUAAGCACGGAGUACUGGCAGCCAAAGAUGGUUUGGAUUGCCAUGAAAAUGGAACGGACUACUACACGGGAUGUUGUGAAUCGUGUAAAAUUGGACUGGUUAUCGGUGACAGAGGCGGUGAUUGCAGCUUGAAACCGUUCGGAUGGGGUAUACCAUUUGAUGAUUCGUUCCAUUAUUGUUGCACCAUGGGUACGUUUGUGUUGGAUGAAAAUAAAGAAAGGGAUUUAUGCAAUUCCUUUGAUAGAUUAUGUUCGCAAAUAUGUGAAAAUACGGACGACUCUUAUGUUUGUAAAUGUAAUCCGGGGUAUGAGCUGCUGGAAGAUCGCAUAACGUGCAUUCCAACAACAAACGAACUAACUAACAACGAAGUGUACACCAACAGCACCGAUGACUGCAACGCUGGUUACAUUAAAAACGAACAAUCUGGUGAAUGUGAAGACAUAGACGAAUGCGAGAGCGGGGAUGCUACUUGCGACAUGACUAGUCAAGUGUGUUAUAAUACAUUAGGUAAUUACAAAUGUUUGGACAUUAUUCAGUCACCAUCGGUAUGUUCAGAUGGAUUUAGAUAUAUUGCUCAGACGGAAUCAUGUGACGACAUAAACGAAUGUCUGGAAGAGACUGACAACUGUAACCGAAACACACAAAUCUGCUUAAACACUAGGGGCACGUUUGUAUGCCAGAACAAGGUGUCCGAGGAAUGCUUGCCAGGAUUUAAAUAUGACAAAAAUAAGAAGACUUGCCAGGAUGUUAAUGAAUGUGAAAUAGAGAAACCGUGUGCCAAGGGCAUGGACUGCAUAAACACGGCUGGUGGCUUCGAUUGUAAGCCGGCAAGAACUCCGAAAAAAGCGCCCCUAUAUGAAAGUAAUAAGAAAAUUACGUGCUCAGCAGGAUUCAAACAAUAUUUUGAUAAAUGUGUGGACAUUGACGAAUGUACAUUGGAUCGUAAUGCAUGUGACAAGCAUCAAGUAUGUACCAAUUUGGCUGGAGGAUUUCAAUGUGAUUGCAAAAUUGGAUUUACUUUGGAUAAAGUAACGAACGCGUGCGUUGACGUCAAUGAGUGCCAGAUCAAUAAUCAUGAUUGUUUGGAAUCACAAAGAUGUGACAACACAAUCGGAUCGUACACAUGCAUUCGGCUACAAAGUUGCGGUACGGGUUACACACUAAAUGCUGGUACAGGCUAUUGUGAUGAUGAUGACGAGUGUGCCCUCGGUCGCCAUAAUUGCGUCGCUCCGUACGAGUGCCGCAACACAAAAGGCUCGUUUAGAUGUGACCGGCCCCGAUACACAACGUCCGUGCCAAUAACGGCAACAGCAACGAGCGCAACACCAACUUUUACGGCAACAGCUACCACGUUACGUCGCCCCGUAUCACCACAACAGGUGUAUGUUCCUCCUCAGGUGUAUCGAUACAAUACACCAAAUCCCUAUGAGUCCACUCAGUAUCGGAGUAGCGAAUAUGACAGAUAUUCUGCACCGUGUGAUGUUGGCUUUGUAAGAAACGUGCAGGGUGCUUGUGUGGAUAUUGACGAAUGUUAUAUUGGCAAUCCUUGUAAAAGGAAUCAACGAUGCUAUAAUACAAACGGUUCUUAUAAAUGCCAAAGUCUCUUGACAUGUUCUGGUGGCUAUACUUCGAAUGAUGAAGGAACUCAAUGCAUUGACAUUGACGAGUGUGCAACGAACGAGAAUUCUUGUGCACCGGAUCAGACUUGCAGAAAUAAGCAGGGAGGUUAUACCUGCUUCUGUCAACCCGGACACGAAUUCAAUAAGAACAGCCAACGGUGUGAGGACGUAAAUGAAUGCGAACAGUUCAAAGGACAGGUGUGUCCGGCAAACACCGAAUGCCAUAACACAAUCGGUUCGUAUAACUGUGAAUGCUUGAAUGGUUUCAAGAAAAUCAAUCACGAUGACAAGGUGUGCAUUGAUGUCGAUGAAUGCAAAGACAUUCCCGGUCUGUGCCACCAGCGAUGCAACAACUACUGGGGAUCGUAUCGGUGUUCGUGUGAUUCGGGAUUCCGUUUGAACGAAAAUAACCGAACCUGUGACGAUGUAAAUGAGUGCGAAGUUCACAAGACGUACAAUCUGUGCAUGGGCAUCUGCGAGAAUACUCAGGGUUCAUAUAAAUGUACUUGUCCGCCGGGAUAUAAAUUGGGUGUGGAUGGAAGAACUUGCCAAGACAUCGACGAAUGUCUAACCCUGCACGCAUGUAACAGUCAAAACGAGAUCUGUACAAAUACCAGAGGAAGCUACCGAUGCACACAAAUCCAUUGUCCACCUGAUUUUAUGAUCGAUCCCGAAAAGAGAAAUCGCUGCAAACGUAUCUCACUAUAUUGCGAUCAACAGGACACGGAGUGCUUCCAGAGACCGUCGUCCUAUUCAUACAAUUUCAUUACAUUAGUAGCAAAUUUAGCCCUACCACCUCAGGGUCGGACAUUUUUCAAUUUGAAGGGGCCGCAUUGGUACGAAAACAUCGAUUUCGAGCUUAAGGUCAUCCGAACUCAGCCCCAUGUACAAAAUGUUAAUGAGAGAUUCUUCAGCAUGCACAAAAUGAACACCGAAGUGCUGUUGAGUUUAAUGGAGGUGUUGAAAGGUCCGCAAGACAUUGAAUUGGAGCUGAAAAUGACCGUUUUCAGGGAUGGUCAACCUGCUGGAACUAAUGUUGCCAAAAUAUUUAUUUUCGUCUCAGAAUAUUCGUACUAAGUCAGUGCCAGUGUUCAUAUGCAAAGAAGAAUUUUUCUUUCAAAAUAAAUUUUAUCGAACAUUUAGUGGCAUGUAGAUUUGUAGGAAUUGCAAAAUUAUCUUUUUUAUUUGCUUAUCGAAUAAUAGGUGCAAACAAUGAAACUGGAUAAGAUUUCAAAAUAAAAAAUUUAUUAUUUUU